GUCUUCCGGUUCCUAAUCUGUGGAUAUGCGCUUCCGAAACCCCACAGUUUUGGGUGUAGACGCACAUCAAAAUGUUUCGAGUCGUCUGCGUGUAUAACGCCGGUUUCUCUCGACGGCGUGUGGUUCAAGGUGGCUUGAUGACCGAGUUGUUCGUGGUUCGGAAGAAGCAGCAGAAGGCAGCGGGAGUUGAUGGGGCGGAAGACCACAUGGGUUGUUCCCCCAACCAUAAGUCUCAGUUUCUCCGGCACCCUCGCUCCUCCUCUCACCAGGUUCCUCCCUAUCGCCACCACUUCCUCCAUCCCUGAAUCCCAACCCCAAUUCAUCGCGUCCCGUCCCCCUCCCCCUCCCCAUCCCCAUCCCCAGAAAUCGCAUCCCAAGAGCGCCUUCCUCCACUUGGUUGAUUCCCUCGCGAGAUCCCUCCGCUCGAUUCUACCAUCCCGGCCCCCCGCCACCGCUGCCUCCCCCGCGACCCCAACACGGCGGCCGAUCUCGCCGCCUCGGCCGCGAUCGGAGGCCGGGUGCGCCCUCCCGCUCUUUCGGCCCUAUGUCGCCAAGGUCCCGUGGCACGGAGGCGUCCGCGCGUUCCUCUCGCAGCUGUUCCCGCGGUACGGACACUACUGUGGCCCCAAUUGGUCGAGCGGGAAGGACGGUGGCUCGAUGCUGUGGGAUCGGCGUCCUGUGGAUUGGCUUGAUUUCUGCUGCUACUGCCAUGAUAUUGGAUAUGACACACACGACCAGGCCAAGCUGCUGAAGGCGGACCUUGCCUUCCUCGACUGUCUGGAGAAGACGAGAAUGACAACGGAACGCGGUGGUGUUUCGGCUGCAGUUCUGUACAGAGCUAUGUGCACCACGGGGCUGAGGAACAUAAUAAUACCUUAUAGGAUGCACCUAGUUAAGUUACAAUCUGGGCCAUCAAUUAUGGAGGUGUUCAACAACUUGAUCAGCAAGGUAACCUAUUCGAGCAAUAUUGAGGCAGAAAAAAGAAAGGAUAUGCUAUGAUGCUAAAAAGGACUUUUUACCACUGACCUGGUGUGUUCCUGAAAAUUAUUCUUUCCAUUCUCUAACGAUGAAGUUGUAUUGACAUGCAACAUUCUUAUGUAUAUGGUGAACUGAACUGGAAUGUUGAUCACACGUUAUUAUUUCAAAUAUAACUGUUCUGUCAGUGAUAUCGUGAAGAGAAGUCAUGAUAAGUCAGUCGUUUAAGUAAAGGCAGACUAAAGUGAAGUGUGACUACCAUGUGCAUAGUAUCAUGCCCCUAGUCCUCAUGUGAACGUUUGUGAAAAACAGUGUGUACCAUAUGUUUCUACCUUCUAAAAAAAUCUUGAAAUUUCAAGUAGA